AUGGUAGACGGGACAGAAAGUCUUUUCUUUUUGUGUGUUUACAUUCUGCAGAGUGAUGCAUGUGCUCUCAUCGUGUUUUUGCUCCAUCAAGCCAACGACGGGAUCGACUCUUCAAAUUUGGGUGUCCCAGAGAAACAAAUUUGUCUUCCAGUUCGUGCCAACAGGGACACCAGAGAAAGUGCCGAUGUUUACAAGCUCACACAUUCAGGAGGAAACAGACUCGUCGUGUUUCUCCGACACGCUGACGUGGACUCUCGAAGGAAAUGUUGGCAUGUGACGUUAGUUUCAAAUCCUUCUUUUUGUGGAGUCCACUUCAUAAAGAAGUGA